AUGCCCUUCCAGAUAUACAGGGACUCUGACCCAACCUUCUCCUGGCUCGGUGCUUCCCCCGACGGUCUCCUCCCCUCCGACUCUCUCGCCCUGCACUCCUCCCCUCACUCGCCCGGCGUCCUUGAAAUCAAGUGCCCCUGGAACCGUGGUUUACCGCUCUCGGCCGCUCCGUACCCCUCCAUACCGCACUAUUACAUGCCCCAGAUCCAAGGCCUGCUAGAAAUAUUCGACCGAGAUUGGCUGGAUUUUUUCGUGUGGACGAAAAUGGGUGGCAGUGCACUGUUCAGGGUGGAAAGGGACAAGAAGUACUGGGAGUUACUGUUCAUGGCAUUAGAGGAGUUUUGGUGGGUGCAUUUGGUGCCAGCUAAGGAAGCCUUGAGGGAGGGGCAAAAGGAGGAGGAGGUGAGGAGGAGGUUUUAUCCAGCACAGGCUCACGUGCUGAUGAGGAAGAUUAAGACGAGAAGUGAGCAGAUUUCGAAGGGGUGCAGAGUGGUGCUAAGGGGUGAUGCACAGAAGUAA